CGAUCCUCGAGUACGGUAACCACAUGGAGAAGCCGAGAUCUAAGAGCUUACUACAAGGGUUUUAUUGAGACCUCCACCAACGAAGACGAUUUGAUGAAUUAAGACAAGACACUGUCAUCGAACAACGAAGGUACGGAUUAAUGUAUGCAAUUUGACAUCCAGCUGCAUAUCGUUGGUCGCACGCAGAUCAGCCUCCGUCUUUCUCCUGGCCUGAGCCGCUGCUGCAAUGGGGUGACCAUCGUGGUCAUCUUGGCUUUGGCAGUGACUAUGAUUUGUACACUAUUUGGCACUGGGCUCACUUGCUGUACUGGGGUCUUUCGAGCGCGUCUUCCCAAAGCCCCUACCAACUCGAAUGAAUCCUAACAGUGCUGCCGGCUCGUCCACGAAGCGGUCGCGCAUCUUAGCUGCGCUAGACAGCUCCAGCCUUUUCUCUGUCCCUUCCACGUCCGCUAGUCCUCCGUUGGACCAGCAGCAAGUACUGGGAAAGAGAUCAUACGAGGAUGUUGUCAGCGCCGAUUCGUACAUCGGCAGCGUCCGCGAAGACCUUUCUGCGAUGCCGGGUGGCUCGAAAAUUCGUGCGAGGAGAGUUCAUUCAACUGUCCUCUCCCAGCAAAAGUCACAAAUAGCGAAGAAGCUUGCCGACUCCGGCUUCCAGUUGAAUUACGACUCAGAUACACCUGUACACCGGAUAGAUGUCGGCGGUCCCGACCAAGCAGAAAAGUUGGCCCAAUUUGUGUACACUUCUAUCGAGAAUUUAGGUGAGGGGAGGACUGUACGCGAAGCUGUCCGUAAGCUCGGUCUGCAGAGCGAUAGAGAUCUCCUUCCGGGUUUAGAAGUACGUUUACUGCCACACCAACUCAUUGGUGUUAGCUGGAUGGUAGACCAGGAGAGAGCCACUCCGCACAAAGGAGGUAUUCUUGCUGACCAAAUGGGCCUUGGUAAAACCGUGCAGAUGAUAGCAACGAUGGCCAUCAAUCUUCCGAAGGAUUCUUCAUCUUCACAGACAACACUCAUCGUCGUUCCCUCCGCCCUUUUACAACAGUGGAAAGAAGAAAUAGAAACAAAGACCAACGAUUUGUUCACCGUUCACAUCCAUCACGGCCGCGACAAGUUACUGACGACAGCAGAUAUUGAAUCAAAGGACGUCAUUAUAACCACGUAUCAGACGGCGAGCAACGAAUUAUCAACUCCAGCUGACCUUGAUGAAGGUGAAGAGUUCCGGUGGCUCGAGAAUCACGGAGGGGUCCUAUCCCGUGUGAAGUGGCACCGCGUGAUUUUGGAUGAAGCACAUUUCAUCCGCAACAGAUCAACCGUCGCGAGUCGUAAUCUCGCCUUACUCCGUGCUAACUACCGCUGGAUGUUGACGGGCACCCCUGUCACGAACUCGCUCGCCGACAUAUAUGGCUUGAUUCGUUUUGGUCGUUUCAGGCCUUGGAAUGAUUGGAAUGACUUCAAUAGAUACGUGGCCAGAGAGCAGCGACAAGAUCCACCUCUGGCAGCCAUGCGAGCUCAGGAAAUCCUGAAACCUUUGCUUCUGCGUCGGACCAAGGAUUCUCAUCUGGACGGGGUACCCAUCUUGCAACUGCCCCCGAAACACAUAGAUCUCGUGGCGCUCGAAUUUUCGCCCGACGAACGGGAGCUUUACGACAAUUUCGAGAAGCGCAGUCGUAUCCGAAUCAACAGAUACAUACACAAUAGAACACUGCUUAAGAAUACUUCUGCAGUUCUGACCAUGAUUUUACGACUGCGGCAGCUUUGCUGCCAUCCAAACCUUAUUCUUAGUCAAGCGGAGGAUUACGUAGAUCCUACACUAAUCAUGUCGGACGACAAAGACAAGGAACUUGGUAGAGCGAUAAAGACUAUGGGAAAGGAGUGGGUAGAGAAGAUCAAGAAACGGUUCUUGGCACGUGCCCUAGCCAACGAUAUGUUUAUAUUCUCGGAUGAGCUGGACGAAGACGACUUUUGUCCCGUAUGCAAAGAUAUAUAUACGAGGGACUCAGGCCGAGUGUUAGCGUGCGGCCAUGAGUUAUGUUUCGACUGUUUGUUGGAGCUUAGCAAUUCGGCAAUUAUGCAUGACGGGGAGUUUGGCCUUGGCUCCGAGCAAGAAAACAUGCGCCAGGAGAAGGAAUAUGAGAUUGCGUCUGCGAAAGGAUAUAGACCUUGUCCUGCCUGCAAGAAGAUGAGCGAUCUUACGCAGCAGUCGGUUUUCAAGUCGUGUGCCUUCGAACCCGACAGAGAUGAAAUUCGAGAGGCUGCACGUGCCGCCAAACGUGCCCGAAGGUUAGAGCGUGCCCCCAAACUAGCACCGGUUAAACCAAAAGCCGUUGAUUCCGAUACCGAAGAGGAUAAGCCUCUGCGACCCGUAAAAUCUAGGUUCCGCGGUGGCACCCCUCUAGGUGACAGCUCGGAGGACGAGAUGCCAGACUUUUCCCAGCUAUUUGCGAGUAAAGGUAGCUUGAAAAAGAAAGCGAAGAAGAUAGACAAGGCUUCAUCCGAGGACGAUCUUGAUGACUCUGAUGACAUUGAAUUCAUUGGUGGAUCAAGCAACUCGCAGCAGCAAACUGUUGAAAGUCAAAAAGGGGAGGAGAAAACUAACGGCGAUGAGAGGGAGCCAACCGCCCUCCCUAAUGCCCUCCUUGAUGUGUGGAGAAGGGGUGAUGACGACCUCGAGCCAAGCGCUAAAAUGCUUGCGCUCAUUGACUCACUCAGGGAAGCUGCAGAGUAUGGUGACAAGUCUAUCUGCUUUUCGCAGUGGACUUCGAUGCUUGACCUGGUGGAGACUUUGUUCCGAAGAUAUGGUAUUCAGAGUCUGAGAUAUGACGGCAAGAUGGAUCGUGCCUCUCGCGAGAAGGCACUGGCUACAUUCAAGGGGCACGAUGGCCCAAAGGUAAUCCUAAUCAGUACAAGGUCUGGUGGUGUUGGACUCAACCUAGUAGCUGCAAAUCGCAUCGUAAACCUUGACCUCUCCUGGAAUUACGCGGCCGAAUCCCAAGCCUACGACCGCGCUCACAGACUGGGACAAGAGAAAGAAGUUUAUAUCAAGCGACUGGUCGUGCGAGACACGAUCGAAGAGCGGAUGCUGCGACUUCAGGAGGUUAAAUCCGACCUUGCAGAUGCGGCGUUAGGCGAAGGGAAUGGCAUUAAGCUCCACAAGAUGAGUGUGAAAGAGAUUCAAACUCUUUUUGGUAUGAGAACGUAGGGUAAAUCGUUGAGGUAAUGCAAACUGUGAAGUAUAUCUUAUCAACUACCCAAUGUUCGUGUAAUGUGGUACGAGACUCGAUGACGUUUUGUAUGAAAUGUACAUGUUCAAACAUGCUUACGUAUCUUGCCUGUACUCCGGCCAUAAGCAGAGGGGACUUGGCGAGCCAGGGUAGCUCACCCCCGGAAAG